GGCCUUUGAAGGCCUGGCAUUAUAAAAAGAGAUCUGUGUGGAGAACAUGUACAUACUUGCAAAAUGAAGGUCCUUCUGCUCUUGGGAUUGGUGGCUGUUGCUCUCUGUGAGCCAACUAAAUUUGUGGGAGAUAAGGUCCUCCGUCUGACGCCUGGAUCUGAGGAAGAUGUGACAAUCAUCAGGGAAAUAGGCCACACAAUCAAGGUGGAUUUCUGGAAGCCCGACAGUCCUGACCUGGUGACCGUUGGCAUGACUGUUGAUAUCCAUGUUCCUGCAGCCCAGCUCGACAUGGUCUUCACCAUUUUACAGCAGAGUGGCAUGGAAGUGAAGGUCAUGUUUGAAAAUCUUCAGGAGGCUGUGGAGGCUCAGAUGGACGACAAGAGGGCGACAAAGGCCCAUGACUACACAAAGUACAACAGCUGGGCGACGAUUAAUGAUUGGGUAGUCUCCAUAAGCUCUGCCAAUGCUGACCUGAUCAGCAGACAGGUGAUCGGGAACACUUAUGAGGGACGUCCCAUGCACCUUCUGACGAUUGGGAAGAAGACAGGCUCUGCUAAGCCAGCCAUCUUCAUGGAUUGUGGCUUUCAUGCCAGAGAAUGGAUCACACACGCUUUCUGUCAGUGGUUCAUAAAUGAGGCUGUGUCCACCUACGGCAGUGACCCUGAGAUGACCAACCUUCUGGAUAGAAUGGACUUCUUUGUUUUGCCUGUCUUCAACAUUGAUGGCUAUGAACACACCUGGACCAAUGACAGGAUGUGGAGAAAGACCCGGUCCAGGAACAGUGGUAGCAGCUGUAUCGGUACUGACCCCAACAGAAACUUUGAUGCUGGAUGGUGCACUGUCGGAGCUUCCAGCAACCCUUGCAGUGAAACCUACUGUGGAAGCAGCAUAGAAUCUGAGAUUGAGUCCAAGAAUUUGGCCAACUUCAUCCGCUCCAACAAGUCCAUCAUCAAGGCCUACCUGACCGUUCACUCAUAUUCCCAGAUGCUCCUUUUCCCCUAUUCCUACAAAUAUGGGCUGGCGGCUGAUCACUCAGAGCUGCUGAGUGUGUCUCAAGGAGCUAUCGCGGCUCUGCGCUCCCUGUACGGAACCAGAUACACUAGCGGCCCUGGUGCUGCGACCAUCUACCCUGCUGCUGGUGGCUCUGACGACUGGGCUUAUGACCUGGGUGUGAAGUACUCCUACACCUUUGAGCUGCGUGACGAAGGUCGCUAUGGAUUCCUGCUGCCUGAGUCUCAGAUCAAGCCCACUUGUGAGGAGACCAUGCUGGCUGUCAAAUACAUCGCUAGCCAUGUGCUCAACAACCUGUACUGAGAGGGAACCGUCUCAAAAAGUUUGGCUGUGGCAAAUUACCAUGAUCAGUAAAGCAAUAAAACACAGAA